CAGAGGAGCAAUGUCUAAAACAAAAACCCUGUCCCCGCCAAGCGCAGUGUGAAAAAUGAAAACCCUCAUCUCAGUCUCUCUUCUUACAUUCGCGGCUAAUAAGCCUCUGUUUGGGUGAUUGUAUUGUUUUGGGCCCGAGAAAAUCAAAGAAAAGAAGAAAAAGUUGGAGGGAGGGAGGGAGGGCGACGAAAGAUGGAGGAGAGAGCAAAGUGCUUGGCAUUGCUCGGAGCCGGAGCUCUGCUAGGCUCGGUUUCCACCAUCUUUCUAUUGAAGCUUCGAGCAAGACGGACUGUGAAACAAUGUGAUGAAAAGGGAGUUGAAUUGAAUAUUACUGGGAAUGGAAAUAGUAGGAUGGCUGGUCUGGACCUUCUAAGUGAUGAGAUAGUUUCUGAACAAUUAAAGAGGAACAUUCAAUUCUUUGGACUUGAGCCUCAACAAAAAGUGACUGCAUCCUAUGUUGUGGUCAUUGGUCUUGGUGGAGUUGGAAGUCAUGCUGCAUCUAUGCUUUUGCGAUCAGGGAUUGGCAAGCUCCUCCUUGUGGACUUUGAUCAGGUAUCAGUUUCAUCACUCAAUCGACAUGCUGUUGCAACAAGAGCAGAUGUUGGUAUCCCAAAAGCACAGUGUCUGAAAGAGCAUUUCUUGUCAAUAUUCCCAGAGUGCCAGAUAGAAGCAAAAGUUCUAUUAUACGAUGCUUCAACAGAAGAGGAAAUUCUUUCAGGUCAUCCUGAUUUUGUUUUAGACUGUAUUGAUAACAUUGAUACAAAGGUGGCACUUCUUGCUGCGUGUGUACGUAGGGGUUUGAAGGUCCUAUCGGCAACGGGAGCUGGUGCUAGAGCUGACCCCACCAGAAUACGCAUUGCGGAUUUAAGACAAUCAACAAAUGACCCGUUAUCACGAGCUGUAAGACACCGUUUGAGGAGGGAUCAUGGCAUUGAAGGUGGCGUUACUGUUGUAUUUUCAUUAGAGAAACCUAAGGCAAAGCUUCUUCCAUUUAAAGGACCAAGUGGAGAAGAAGAAAACCCUUCAGAUUAUCAGAUACUACCGGGGUUUAGGGUUCGCAUAAUACCUGUUCUGGGUACCAUCCCUGCAAUAUUUGGACAGGUCAUGGCCUCCUAUGUUUUGACACAACUGGCAGGAUUGCAAGUUCAAACGGAACCUAUUGUAAAUUUGGAUAUUGACCAUUACCGGAUGCUUCACCAACGCCUUAUUGAGCAUGAGGAGUCAUUGUACGGCACUGCCUUGCAAGUCCAGGUAGAUGUUGAGGAAGUGAUGUUUGUUGUAAAAGAGUUGUGGCAUGGAAGAAGUGCAAGAGAACCGUUUGCUAAAGAUGUUGGGCGUGGUAUGUGGCGAUCGGUAAAUGAGUUGAUGCUUGUGAGGUGGGACCAGGAAAAGCCGGCAUCUGUGGCCAACCUAAUUCUUUUGAAAUUUAAAGAGGCACAAGAACAUGAAUUGAGGGUGCUUGAGGAUAUUAAAGAAAGAGAACCAGAAUAUUUUGUUAGAGUGACAUCUAUUCUGAAGCGGGCUGAACUAGAAUUUGGCUUGUAAUAAGGUUGAUAUUAAACCUUUGCAUUCUUGUUUUUGUUUUCAGAGGUGUAUCGAUAAGGAGGGUUCAGUGUCACUUCCUCAUAUCCUUGGUUUAUAUGGUGUAGCUUCAGGAGUUACAUUUAAUAUUUUAUCAAUAUAACAUUACAUGAAUAAGUUUCAUUACAUUUUACUUGUGUUAGAUUAGAUUCAAUAAUUCGCUAUUGGCAGAUGAUCAUUUAUUAUUA